ACUGCGGGCCGAGCGGAGCCUAGGAAGAAAAUGGCCGAAGAGGCGUCGCGGAGGAGCUGAGUGUCUAGUCUUUUAAGGUAACCAUGGAGGAGUUGCUGUCUUUGAAGUGGAACAACCACCGUUCCACGUUUCUGCAUAUCCUUGGUGUCCUAAGGGAUAAGCAAUCCUACACGGAUGUAACCCUAGCUUGCGAUGGCAAGUUUUACAGUGUGCACAAGUUGGUGCUUUCCACAUGUAGUGACUAUUUCUGUGCCAUGUUUGAGAAGACUGCUUGUAAAAGCCCUGUUAUAGUGUUAAAAGAUAUUAAAUGUGAGGACCUUGAGGCCUUGCUAGACUAUAUGUACCUUGGUGAAGUGAAUGUAAGGCAAAGUGACUUAGCGUCUUUGAUAAAGGCUGCCGAAAAUUUACGCAUCAAGGGUCUCGCAGUACCUGAUGAUGAACCCCCCAAAAGAGUUACAGCCCCACCCACCAGAACUGACUCCAGUAGGAGAGAAGGGGGUAGUGGUAGUCCUCCCUCCAAGAGGAAAAGAAGAGACGAAGGCGAAGACGGCAGGGAAGACGUGAGACCGCAGGUCAGCGGCUUACAUACUCCCCCCCCUCCCUCAAGACCAAAGAGCCCCAACACUCAGCGACAGAGCCCCUCCUCUCACAGAACGCCUCAGGAGCAACACAUAGCAGAAGAUCAUGAUAGCCGUCCCCUCUCGUCACCUGCGGAGUCUCCUGCAGCCACCCACACAUCUGGUCAUCAGCCUUCACAUCAACCCUCACAAUCACAACAGUUACCACACCAGUCAUCUCAUCAAGUCUCUCUUCAGCCCUCUCAACAAUUAGGUGAACAACCAACUCAACAACCAGUCAGUAAUCAAUAUAGAGGCGACGAAUCACAAACGUUCGUCAAGGUUGAAAUGGAGGAAACGGAUGACACUGGGGACAUGAACCAAGACUCUUAUAACAUGAGUGGUGAUGGCUACAAAGAAGAAGAUAGUGGAGGGGACCUAGGAGGGGAUCUCAGCAAUGACCUGCCAGAGUUCCUACAACAAGCGGCGUCGGGGGCUCUGGCUGGUACCUCUGCCUCAUACCCUCACACAUUUGCCGGACCCUCUGGCUUCCAGCCGGAGGUGUCGGGUUGGCAAGGUGAUGGACAAUCCUUGCCUGGAAGCUUCGGAGGACUGGGAUUCCCACCCCACUCCUCUCAGGACAAUCAACCAGGGAGCGCCCUGUAUCCCCCGUCGGUCCUGCACCAGCUGACUCAGGCUGCCGAGGGGCCCGAGGGGGUUAACUGCCCCAUAUGCGGCGUCCAUUUCAGUGGCAAAUACCACAAGUACAACCUGAAGCGGCACAUGGACAUCCACCGCGGCGUCCGGCCCUUCAGCUGCCACCACUGCGGCCAGCAGUUCAACCGCCGCCACAACCUCGACCGCCACAUGGAGCGCCUCCACAACAUGCCGUCGCAGCCGCCCUCCUGAGCGUCCGCAACCCGAGGGCGUCCGGCUCGGCGCAGGGAAAGUGUUGCUAAAGUGAAUGCAAGGGCGUUGCGUCUUUUUUUCAGUGGACGUUUGCCCUCAACGUUCGUGAUGAAAGAAGUCGUUAGAAAAGAGAGAAAUCCCUUUCCUACAUGGGCUCAUGGAAAGAAAAAGUAACUGGAAUGUCACCUGCCGCCUUAUCGAUAUUUAAAAGAGAAUGCUAAAGUAGCCGAACGAAAGCCGAGCAUGACGUGUUGCAGGGAGGGAGAGCUGCGUGAGUGACUGGCAGCUGCAUGUUGGUGCACGAGAAGGCAGUGUUGCAAUCCUAACAGAGUGCAAUGGCAACUGAAGGUCUUUGAACUUUGCAGGGGGAGGGAGGAGGAGGAGGAGGAGCACCGUACGCGCAGCCGGCGUGGCAACAGGACCACCGAGAACGGGGCGGUUCCUUAGCGUCCGGCGAGGGAGUUGCAAGGUGCCAUCUGUGCAGCAAGACCUUCCACGGACGCUACCAGAAGUACAACCUGAAGCGGCACCUGAGCAUCCACGCCGGGGAGAAGCCGUUCCUGUGCCCCUACUGCCCGCACCGCACCAACCAGAAGUACAACAUGCAGCAGCACCUCCUCGUGUGCCGCAGCCGCCCCAUGCAGCCUGCGGGCCCGCCGUUGCAAAUGCAGUCGCCGCAGUGACCGCUCUGCUGGAUGCAACCUCUUUCGACCUCUCGGCUUUGCAAGCAACCCCUGAACGGGAAUCUGUCUGCGGUUCUGUGUUGUGUAGAAGGGUCGUGAAUGCGCAGGACGCAGGCGGAAGGAAUGGCGAAGGUGCUGUGCUUGUUGAUUGAUCCCUUUUUUCCAGUAAAGAGAGUGAUUAUUUUCACGAUUCCAUUUUUUUUUUUCAUUCAUUACGAUUGUUGUUGUGAUAAAUGUUUCAUUUAUCGAUAUUUAUUAGUGUAUGUAUUUUGUUACAAAGUUUGGCGAUUUGUAUAAUUUUUAUAACGUCAGUUUUAAAUUAAGUGUCACAACAAAAUGCAAAAGUCCAAUGAUUAUGUAUACUAUAGUGUCACCUAUUUAUUUAGUUACCCACAUGUAACAAAGAAGAAUGCAUUGCUAUAGAUCCACAUAAAAGAAGGAAAGAAGCCGUUAUACCUGUAAGCAAGUAUAACAUUUCGAACGUGUAGUACCGUUUUUUCGUUAACCGAUGCUCUGUUAUGUUUUUUUUUUCUUUUCCGUUCUGUUUUAUGAGAAAGCAAGGCGAAUGGAAUGCAAAAAGAUUUUUAAAAUUUUUAUGUUUGUGAGAUUGAAGAUGUGUUUUCGUAUCUGCGUUGAGUAAAUAAGUUUUUUUUUGUUUUUUGUUUUUUCUUUUGGGGGGGGGGAGGGGGCAAUCGAUUAUUAUUUUAUUUUAAUUUCGCGGUGAGUCAGUUCUAACACCACCAUUGUGAUCUCUUCACAUGUAUACUGUAUAUAGUAUGUAAUGUAUAUAGAUGAAUGUGUAUAUGUAUAUAUAUAUAUUGCCAUGCUUUAAGAUGGAAUGUCUUGGAGCAAUUAAUGUAUUCCACAUCUUUGCAUCAAUGAGCAAAAUAUGAUUUUUUUCAUGACACGUUUAAAGUCUGCUGAUACUGAAUUGUAUGCUGUGAUUUUAGGAUAUUAGAGAAUUUAAUAAUAAAAAUAAAAGACUCGGUUUC